UGGAUCAGUCUGGAGGCAAAGCGCUGAGGGAACGUUUCUCUCUCACGGCUUCAUUCAUAUUAAAAUUAUAACAUCACGGAUUUAAAAGCAUUUCUGUUAGAGGAAUUACAUAAAAAGUGUGUGUGUGAUGAGUGCGGCGGUGUGUGUCUCAGACCGGGAGGAGUGUGUGUGUGUACUGGAGUCCACAGCGGCGGAUCUCGAUGGUCCAACAGGCAGACGCUUCGAUGCUCCAAUACCAGAACUAUCAGUCAUCAGCCCUGCAGAAACACACACUCAACAGGUACAGUGUGUGAAUCAGAGCAGAGAUGAUCGAAUGGAGGAGAAGCUGCAGGUGUUUCUGCGUAUUCGUCCUCUUACAGAUGCAGAGAAAGAGCGAGGAGAAGAUCAGGGUUGUGUGUGUGUGCAGAGUGAGGAUACACUCCUCUUAAAAGCACCCAGAGACUCACAGAACAUGAAGAGUGCAGAAAGAGGAAUCACACAGAGUGUACACAAGUUCACCUUCACACGGAUUUUUGGAGAGAAGGUAUCUCAGCAGGACGUGUAUGAACAGACAAUGAAGGAGAUGGUUCAAGAUGUUCUGCUCGGAGAGAACCGACUGCUCUACACUUAUGGCGUGACCAACUCGGGCAAGACCUACACUAUACAGGGUUCGUUGGGUGAGGCGGGGCUCCUCCCUCGUGCUUUAAUGUCGGUGUUUAACUCACUCUCAGGACGACUGUACCCUAGUGCUGAUCUAAAACCCAUCCUGAGACAGGAGGUGCGCCGACUCAAUGAGAGAGAGGUUCGAGCUGAGGAGGAGAGACGCCACGCCCUGCUUCGAGAGGAGGAGGUGUGUAGGCAGCGUGCAGGUGGUAAUGCCAGUGUGAGUUGGGACAGUGGUAUUGGCGGACUUUCAGCCCUGACCCGUCUGGAAGACUCAGACGGAGUGUGUGUGGAUGUGGACAGCGUGUCUGUCUCUGAUGUAAAUGUGGAUAAAACCAUGCAGUUCAACGUCUGGGUUUCUUUUUAUGAGAUUUAUAACGAGUUUCUGUACGAUCUGCUGGAGCCGCCCUCGUCUCUACAUUCACACAAGAGAAGCACCCUGAGACUGAGCGAUGACAAAAACGGCAACGUCUAUGUUAAAGAUCUAACAUGGGUAAACGUACGCAGUGCUGAUGAAGCGUGGAAAGUGCUGAGUGUGGGGCGGAGCAACCAGAGCUUUGCUAGCACACACCUGAACCACAACUCCAGUCGCAGCCACAGUGUGUUUACUGUGAGAGUGCUGCACACCCGGCCUGAGGGGGGCGCUGCACGCAUCAGCGAGUUGUGUGUGUGUGAUCUGGCCGGGUCGGAGCGCUGUAAGGAUCAGCAGAACGGUGACAGGAUGAAGGAGGCAAACAACAUCAACACUUCAUUACUCACACUGGGACGCUGCAUCAGUGCAAUAAGACACAACCAGAACUACAAGCAGCGAGGUGCUCAGGUGGUCCCGUUCAGAGACAGUAAACUGACCCGAGUGCUGCAGAGUUUCUUCUCUGGACUCGGCCGAGCUUGUAUGAUGGUCAACAUCAAUUCCUGCAGCUUAAGCUACGAUGAAACGCUACACGCCCUCAAGUUCUCUGCCAUCGCCACCCAGUUGGUUCACGGCCCCUCCACUAAAUCCCGGGUGGCGUACAUCGUCUCCCUGCUGCGGGAUCACACUCAGACUGAAGAUACACUGACUGAGGAGGAGGAGGAGGAGGAGGAGAGUGAUGAAGAUGAGGACGUCUCCAUGUUCCAGCCUGAGGCUCUGGUAAAGGCCAUAAACAUUCUGAAGAAGGAGAUUCUGCGUCAGAGGCAGGAGAAAGAGGAGCUGGAGCUGAAGAUCAGAGAGCAGGUGUGUGCUGAGAUGAUGGAUGUCAUCAACCGUAUGCAGCAAGACUUCAGUGAGACGCUGGAGAAUGAGAGAGAGCUGAUGGAGAAAAGAUGUGAAAAUAAAAUCACCAACCUGAAGAGCAGCUUAAGGAAAUAUUACAGUCUAGAAGUGGAGGAGCGGGAUGAACAGAUCCAGGAGCUCAGUGCUGCUCUGAAGGAGAAAGAAACAGGAGGUGCAGCUCAGAUCUUUCCUCCUCUGAUGGAAGGAGAUGGACCAAGGAGGUCUCAGCGUAUUGCAAACACUAAUAAAUGCAGCUCAGAGAGAGAACAUGCUGAACUACAACAAAUUAGAACUGAACUGGAACAGUGCAGAGCAGAACUGGACCUAAAAAACACUGAACUUACACUCAGGAACCUGGAGCUGAAGCGCUAUCAGGAUAAUCAAAGUGCCUCCAGCCUCGCAUCGACAGCAGAACGUAAACUGUUUGAUGGACAAAAGACUCUGAGACAGCUGCGUGCUAAUCUUCAGACUGUGGUGGUGAAGUUACAGUCAGGUGAGAGAGCGUGCUGCCAUUACACUGAUGGAGAGAAACUACGUUCCGCACUCAACAUCGCUGAUACUACACUGCUCAAACAGGAUCAGAUGUUGAUGGAGCUUCACUCCACUCUACAGUUGAUGAAAGCUCAGCUGCUGCACCGCAAAGUCGAAACCCAUACAGACCUGCAGGGACCCCCUCCGACCACACCCAUCACCGUCACGACCCCCAAUUCGUGCAGGAGGCGAGGCUGCGGCGUCGCCGUGGCGAUGGUGGAGAACGAGCCCCCGGGGAAGAGGCCGUUCCUGCGUCUCUUCAUGUCAUCACACGCUUCGAAUAAAACCAAAACCAAAAGUGACCUCACCACGCCGUACGCCCGGGUACUGCGCUUACGCCAACCCUCACCCCCUGCCAGCCCCGCCCCUGUCCGCAGGGGGCGCUUUUAACGGUGUUUAGUGAUAAAAGCAAUGUGGUGACAUCAUCACCGGGUAUUAUAA